AUGGCUUGCUUGGGUCAUCUGAUCUUGACGGACGAGUCAGGAUCAGAUGACAGACGUUCUGUUCUCAACCUGAAUCUCACCUUAUUCCCGUUUCUCACAGGGACGGAAGCUAGCUGCGAAAACGAAGGAGAGGUCCUCCACAUCCCCAACAUCACUGACAACCCCUGCAUCACCUGCGUCUGUCGGGACGGGAAAGCAGACUGUAAACAGGAGAAAUGCCCGCUUGUCUCUGAGGACUGUGCGCUGGUGGUGAAGCAGACCGGGGCCUGCUGUGAGAGGUGUAAAGGCUGCAUGUUAGAUGGACGAUCCUACAACAGCUCGCUAUCCUGGACCAGCUCCACCAAACCCUGCAUAACCAGACGCUGUCAGGAAGGUGUGAUCACUGAGUCGGAGGUGCAGUGUGUCGUCCACUGCAAGAACCCCAAAAUCCACCCAAAGAAGUGCUGCCCCACCUGCCCCAGCUGUAUCUUUGAGGGCCGCCUAUAUAAAGAGAAGGAGGAGUUCAGUCCAGAGGGGAAAGCCUGCAUCAAGUGCACGUGCACUGGAGGACGGACUCUCUGCGUGAAGGAGGUGUGUCCGGUGCUGUCCUGCCCUGCCCAUCUCAGCCACACCCCACAAGGACAGUGCUGCCCCAGAUGCAUAGGUCAGAGGAAGGUGUUUGAUCUGUCUUUAGGAAGCUGUCUGUUCCACAGUGAAGUCUAUGAGAAUGGCACCUCCUUCAUCUAUGACAACUGUACCACCUGCUCCUGCAAGGAUUCCACAGUGUUGUGCAAAAAGCGCUGCUCUCGACCAGGUAGUUGCCAAGGUGACCAUUGCUGCGAUGAGUGUCUGUCAUAUGUGAAAGUGGAGGAGGUGAAGUACUGCAGAGUCCGGAACAAGAUCUACAGGGAGGGAGAUAUGUGGUCAUCGGUCAACUGCACCCUUUGUGCCUGUGUCAAAGGCAGCAUCGAGUGUCGCCCCAAACAGUGUGUGCCCAUCGCCAGCUGCCCCUCGAAUAAGAUCCUGAACAGAACCGGUUGCUGUCCAGUUUGCACUGAAAAGCCAGGCGUGUGCACGGUCUUUGGCGACCCGCACUACAACACCUUCGAUGGCAAGACCUUCAACUUCCAGGGGACUUGUCAGUAUGUGCUGACGCGUGACUGCGGCGGCAUCUCCUCUGGAGGGCCGGGGAAUAACGUCAACAGCCCAGACUCCAGCUUCACGGUGUUGGUGAAUAAUAACGCUCGUCGGACUCGCUCCUUUUCCUGGACUCAGUCUGUGGAGGUGCGGUUGGGCACGCUGAUCCUCAGCCUGCACCAGCACCUGACGGUCCGAAAGAACGGCACCCGCAUCGCCCUGCCUUAUCACGGACCCGGGGUGCACAUCGAUCUGGACGGAUAUCUGCUCAAGCUCACCGCCAUCGCAGGUUUGGAGAUCACGUGGGAUGGUGACAGUUUUGUGGAGGUUGUCGCUGCUCCUCACCUGCGUGGACGCCUCUGCGGCCUUUGUGGCAACUACAAUGGCCACAAGCGCGAUGACACCAUGGGCGGCGACGGUCAGUUCAAGUUCGACGUGGACGAGUUUGCGGAGUCGUGGCGGGUUGACGGAAAUGAGGUUUGCUCCCAGCAGCAGCCACCUCGCAGGCCAACGUCUUUCCUGUGCUCGGGCAGCGUUAAAGUCAAAUUCCGGGCACACCGGGAAUGCCAGAAGAUAAAAUCAUGGGAGUUUCAGAAGUGCCACCGAGCAGUGGACUUUGGCCCUUUUUACAGGUCGUGCGUGACCGACAUGUGUGAGUGUCCGGUCCAUAAAAACUGCUACUGCGAGUCCCUCAUCGCCUACAGCCGGGCCUGCGAGAGGGAAGGGGUGCCCGUCCUGUGGAAGCCUGACAAUGUUUGCAUGGCCACCCAGUGUAAACACGACGCCGUGUACAACACCUGUGGUCCAGGGUGCACCAAAACAUGCGACAACUGGAACGAGAUCGGCCCGUGCAACAAGCCCUGUGUGGCCGGCUGCCACUGCCCCGCCAACCUGGUGCUGUUUCAGGGACGCUGCAUCAAGCCCACGGCCUGCCCCGGCCGGUGA